CAAGACGUCCGGCGAUCGCAAACGAGCGCCCGUCUUCCGCGCUGGUGUCAUCAGGAAUGAUCAAUUGGGGAAAAAAAAGCAUCUCCACAUUACGUGACCUUUGAGGAACCGUGAGGACAAAGACGACAACGGCUGCCAUCGCUGACACUUUCGAACUCAAGCAAAGGGGGGCGAAAUGUGCGUAUAAUGCCAUCGAAUUCGAGCCACGGCAAGGUUGCGUGCUUACAAUUCUCAGCCACUCUCUCGACAUUAUGUCCAUAACUUGUUUGCUUGUAACAGGCAGAAAAAUGUCAAACGCGCGCGACACAACGAAGCUGCCUGGCCACUGGAAUCAACGCCGGUGGGUGCACCGUUAGCCGAGCGCCGUGAGCGGCUUCUGGCAACGGCACCGACGGAGGCGCUUAUGGGCUCCAGCUGUGUGGAACGACGAGGAGACAGAGAAGGAGUCAGAUGGGCCGAGCGGCGUCGCAGAUGGCGAACGUCUGCUGGACGCCGUGCGAGACGAUCACAAUUAUCUACGGGAUGAGGUGACCUACUCCUCGCCACUUGACAGUGGGGCCGUCGGUCUGCGCGAACACGAUUAUUCGUCCACGCGGGCCGCCCCGGGCCCGGGCGCUCACGAGGUCGCGGACUUCCGACUUGAAAACGACCAGGCCGCUCGGGUCCACACGGGUUUACCCAUGGAAAAGCUGCUCAAGCUGACGGUGAAGGUGCAAUAUUACGCCACGCCUGGCUUUCCGCUGUCCGUGCCCUCCCAAGUAAUCAUGACGCUAAUGACGCUCAAGACCAACCGACCCCUGGCCGACCUGAGCAGGUACUUCCGCACGUCCGAGAGCACGGCCCUAGAAAUCGUCUUGUAUUGGAUCGACAUGCUGGCCAAGGUCCUCCGCCACUUCAUCUCGUGGCUACCCAAGAAAAUCAUCCAAUCGACCAUGCCCAACGAGUUGGGGGAGCGGUUUCCCAACAUGACCUGCUUCGUGGGCUACAGCGAAAGCAUCCUGUACAAGCUUGACGGUCUCUCGCCGUUCACCACCGCUAAGUACCUCCUGGCCGUAGCCCCGUGCGGCUUGAUCAUGUUUAUGUCGUCCGCCUACACCGGGUGCCGCGACCACGCCGACAUGGUGCUGGACUCGGGAUUACUGCACUUCCUCAUGCCGGGGGAUGAGGUCAUGAUUCAGGGGGGCUUCGCCAUUAAAAAGCUGCUCUUUGCGCGGCAAGUCAAACCGGUUGUGGGGUCUCUGGGUAAAAAUGACGGCCGGCCCGCCUCCGCUUCGUCCUCCGCCGGAGAUCACGUCCAAGGCGCCAUUCAGCACUUAAUGACUUACCGGAUACUUUCGCAUGGAGUGCCCACUAAGUUAGCACCGUACAUAGACGAGAUUCUCUGUAUCUGCGCUGCUCUGACCAAUCUGAGAAAUGAAUUUUUAAACUAAUGCAACAUUUUUACCUCCAAAACCCUUCAGGAUACCCGUGCCUUUUUUUUUUUUUAAUUUGGCUUGUUGAAACCAAAAAUGGGGUGGCCCGGUAGGCCAGUGGUUAGCACGUGGGCUUCACAGUGCAGAGGCACCGGGUUCGAUUCCAGCCCCGGCCUCCCUGUGUGGAGUUUGCAUGUUCUCCCCGGGCCUGCGUGGGUUUUCUCCGGGUGCUCCGGUUUCCUCCCACAUUCCAAAAACAUGCGUGGCAGGCUGAUUGAACGCUCUAAAUUGUCCCUAGUUGUGUGUUUGGUUGUGAAUGGUUGUUCGUUUCUGUGUGCCCUGCGAUUGGCUGGCAACCGAUUCAGGGUGUCCCCCGCCUCCUGCCCGAAGACAGCUGGGAUAGGCUCCUGCACCCCCCGCGACCCUAGUGAGGAUCAAGCGGUUCGGAAGAUGAAUGAAUGAAUGAAAACCAAAAAUGCCUGAUUUAGUGCCAGCCAAUUCCUGGGGAUCGUUUGAAUCCUGGUGAAUUGUUGUCAUGGCAACAUUCCAAAUUCCUGGAGGGCCUGAUUU